UGUAUGUUAUCAAACGAGACACAUUCUUAUCAGCCGAGAAACUCUUGAACUCAGUUGUCUAAGGGGCUGCCUGUGAAUUUGUUCCCGUAAUAAUGGCUUACCACAGACAUUCAGGGCCCAGCAGUUACACCGUGGGCACCAUGUCGGAGCGCUUUGAUUGCCACUACUGCCGCGACCCGCUGCACGGGAAGAAGUAUGUGCAGAAGGAGGGACGCCACUGCUGUGUGAAGUGCUUUGAAAAAUUCUGUGCCAACACCUGUAUCGAGUGCAAGAAACCCAUUGGCGCUGACGCCAAGGAGCUGCAUUUCAAAAACCGUUACUGGCACGACAACUGCUUCCGCUGUUUUAAGUGCUACGCAUCUCUGGUUAACGAGCCCUUCAUGCUAAAGGAAAACAAUAAAGUUUGGUGUAGCAGCUGUAGCUCCACUGAGGGUGCAAACAAAUGCAAAGGCUGCUUCAAAGCUAUUAUUGCAGGAGACCAAAAUGUUGAAUACAAGAAGUCAUUCUGGCACAAGGAAUGCUUCACCUGCAGCCAGUGCAAGCAAGUGAUAGGAACAGGCAGCUUCUUCCCCAAAGGAGAUGAUAUCUUCUGUGUCUCUUGCCAUGAACAUAAGUUUGCCAAGCUGUGUGUUAAGUGCAAGAACGCCAUCACUUCUGGAGGAAUCACUUACCAGGAGCAGCCUUGGCAUUCAGAGUGCUUCGUCUGCACUGGCUGCUCAAAGCAGAUUGGUGGGAAGCGCUUCACUGCUGUGGAGGAUCAGUUCUACUGUGUCGAUUGCUACAAGACAUUUGUUGCCAAGAAGUGUGCUGGCUGCAAGAACCCCAUUACAGGGUUUGGAAAAGGAUCCACUGUGGUCAGCCAUGAAGGCCAAUCCUGGCACGAUUAUUGUUUCAAGUGUACCAAGUGUUCCCGUCCUUUGGCUAACAGGCGCUUUGUCUAUCAUAAUGAGCAAAUUUACUGUGCUGACUGUCCCCAUAGACUGUAAGGAGCAGCCGCAGCCUUUGCUGUAAAAUGGAUCGGAGCCUUGCUCUUGUAUCUGAGCUGCUUCAGAAGGGCUUGCAUAUUAAACUCUGCCUUCUUCCAUUUUACACAAUGGUUCAGACCUCCAGCACCAGCAUAGUUCAGCUUGUUUGAUUGUAGAUUUUAAGGUUCGGCAGUAACAAAACUUACUCAGCUGCAAAACUAACUUUGCUUUCAUGACAACCAUUAACACAAAAGCUUGAGGUGCCAGAAUUUUAGGUCCUUAAAUAUCCAAAUAUUGCCUCUUCUGCAUGAUGAUUAGCACAAAGCAAAACAAAAGCUGAUUUUGUAACUUAAGUUGAAGUUUGACACUUAAUGACAUGGUUUUUGACAAGGAACAUACAAACCUCUGCAUCCACUAAAACAAAAAAAACCCAAAACCAUCAGUAAGGAGAUGUAAAGAUCACACCCAGG